AGACAAUUCAUAAAUUUCGUUAUUAUAACUCAAUUGACGUUAAAUCAGGUCUUCGAAAAUCAUAUUUUGGACGCCUGAUUUCAGUUCUAUUUAUAAUUCGAAACACGCAAAGGGGAGAAGAAGAAGAAGAAGAGAAUGGGGUGCUCAUUUUCUGGUCUUAAUGCAUUGUACGAUUCCGUUAACGGAGGAGGGGAUGUGUGGAUCAACGAGAAUCGGUUCCGCGUCAUGAGGCAGCUCGGAGAAGGUGGUUUCGCCUACGUCUACCUCGUCAAGGAGGUUCUUGCCGACUCUGCUGCCGGUGGCCUCGCCAACAAGCUCAAACACUCCUCUCAUCUCUCCGAUGACGGAACUUAUGCUAUGAAAAAGGUUCUCAUUCAGAACAAUGAACAACUUGAGUUGGUCAGGGAGGAGAUCCGUGUUUCAUCACUGUUCAAUCACCCGAAUCUGCUUCCACUUCUUGAUCAUGCAAUCAUUUCUGUUAAACAGCCUACCCAAGAAACGUCUUGGAACCAUGAAGCAUACUUGUUAUUUCCAGUUCAUUUGGAUGGAACAUUGCUAGACAAUGCCAAAACAAUGAAAGCCAAAAAGGAAUUCUAUUCUACCUCAGAUGUUCUUCAAAUAUUUCGGCAGCUUUGUGCAGGACUGAAACAUAUGCAUAGUUUAGAUCCUCCAUAUGCACAUAACGAUGUCAAACCUGGUAAUGUUCUCUUAACACAUAGAAAAGGACAACCGCCUCUUGCCAUUCUUAUGGAUUUUGGCAGUGCUCGUCCUUCGAGGAGGCAAAUUAGCUCCCGAUCUGAGGCACUCCAGUUGCAGGAAUGGGCUUCUGAACACUGCUCUGCUCCUUUCCGAGCUCCUGAACUGUGGGAUUGCCCGAGCCAUGCUGAUAUAGAUGAGAGGACUGACAUUUGGUCACUAGGAUGCACAUUAUAUGCGAUAAUGUAUGGGGUAUCUCCAUUUGAAUAUGCACUUGGAGAGUCUGGUGGAAGCCUGCAAUUGGCUGUUGUAAAUGCACAGGUCAAAUGGCCAGCUGGACCUAAGCCUUCAUAUCCAGAAGCUCUUCGUCAGUUCGUGUCAUGGAUGCUUCAGCCCCAGGCUGCUGUGCGGCCCCGGAUAGAUGAUAUCAUUAUCCAUGUUGACAAGUUGAUUGCAAAGUUCUCUGAAGGUAACAGUGGGGCAUGAUUGCAUAUUGUAGUCGUUUAAAAAAUUUUGUGCAUUUACUGUCCAAUUAUAUAUCAAUGGAUCAAAAAGCAAUAGCAGUUUAAAAUCUUCUUCGUUUUUGGUGUAGUCUAGGUAGUCCGGCGUUGGGUUUAUUAAGUAUUGUUUCUGUCAUUUCUACAUAGUUUUGUCUCUUGUAAUUUAUAAAAUAGCCAAUCUCCCUGUGUCUUUCUUCAGAAUUUAUGCGCAUAAAUGGCAUACCAUUUAUUUAUUGAUCGAU